CUGGUGAAAAUGGUCAUACAGAAAUAGUAAAGAUGUUGUUAGACAGCGGAACAGACUGUAAUAAAUGUGACAAGUUGUGUAAGUCACCUUUGCUAAUGGCUUGUGAACAUGGUCAUACGGAAAUAGUGAAGAUGUUGUUAGAGAGAGGAGCAGACUGUAAUAAAUGUAACAUUGAUGAUCAGUCACCUGUACUAAUGGCUGGUGAAAAUGGUCAUACAGAAAUAGUAAAGAUGUUGUUAGACAGCGGAGCAGACUGUAAUAAAUGUGACAAGUUGUGUAAGUCACCUUUGCUAAUGGCUUGUAAACAUGGUCAUACGGAAAUAGUGAAGAUUUUAUUAGAGAGAGAAGCAGACUGUAAUAAAUUGAGCAAUAGCGGUUUUUCAUCUGUAAUGAUAGCUUGUAAACAAGGUCAUACAGAAAUAGUGAAAAUGUUGUUAGAAAGGGAAGUAGACUGCAUUAAAUGUGAUAAUUGUGGCCAGUCACCUGUAAUAAUGGUUUGUGAACAUGGUCAUACAGAAAUAGUAAAGUUGUUUUUAAACAAAGGAGUAGAACGUGAUGAAAACGGUAAUUCACUUCUAGGUAUAGCUUGUAAACAUGGUCAUACAGAAAUAGUAAACAUGUUGUUAGACAAAGGAGCAGAUUAUAAUAAAAGAGAUCGUAAUGGUGAUUCACCUGUUCUGACGGGUUGCAAACAUGGUCAUACAGAAAUAGUAAACAUUUUGUUAGACAAAGGAGCAGAUUAUAAUAAAUGUUGUUCAGUUGGCGGUUCACCGAUAAUGAAGGCUUGUAAAAAUGGUAAUAUAGAAAUAAAUAAAAUGUUGUUAGAAAAAGGAGCAAACUAUACAAAUUGUGACCACUAUGGCAAUUCACCUGUAAUGAAGGCUUGUAAAUAUGGUCAUACUGAAAUAUUAAAGAUUUUGUUAAACAUAGGAGCAGAUUAUCAUGAAUGUGGUAAAUAUGGCGGUUCACCGGUAAUGAGGGCUUGUGAAUAUGGUAAUACCAGAAAUAGUUAAAAUGUUGUUAGACAAAGGAGCAGACUAUAAACAAUGUGACAGAGAUGGCAUUUCACCUGUAAUGAAGGCUUGUGAACAUGGUCAUAAAGAAAUUAUAAAGAUGUUGUCGGACAAAGGAGAAUACUGUAAUAAAUGUGAUGAACAUGGUAGGUUUACUUCUAAACACUAUUUUAAUAGAAUAUUUGACAAAGGAGAUGAAAUGAAUAAAUGUAAUAAUUUGGUUGAGGCUUGUGCACAUGGUCGUUCAAAAAUAAUAAAAAUGUUAAACAGAAA